AGACGUGGUGGGUCGUAAUGCACUAGGAGUUCGCUAAGGUACUCUGGGGACAGACCAUUCGGUGCAAUGGAAUGAUGCGUGUCUACGCCAAUACUCUUCAAAAAUAGUUUCACUUUACUUAGAGAGCGUUAGUUUGCGUUGAGCAGCGAAAUACCGUAAAAGCGCGCAUGGGCAACUAAGAAACAUUGUACGACGAUGGCUUCAGCUAAUGAUGCUCGCUAUGGACAGAGAGAGUCAGCAGAUCAGAACUUUGACUAUAUGUUCAAAAUCCUGAUCAUUGGAAAUAGCAGUGUAGGCAAAACCAGCUUCCUGUUCCGCUAUGCAGAUGACUCGUUCACACCAGCUUUUGUCAGCACUGUUGGCAUUGACUUCAAAGUGAAAACCAUCUACAGGAAUGACAAGAAGCUAAAGCUUCAGAUCUGGGACACAGCUGGGCAAGAGAGGUACAGAACCAUCACCACUGCAUACUAUCGUGGGGCAAUGGGCUUUAUUCUUGUGUAUGACAUCACUAAUGAGGAGUCAUUCAAUGCAGUACAGGACUGGUCUACUCAAAUCAAAACAUACUCAUGGGACAAUGCUCAGGUGCUUCUUGUGGGCAAUAAAUGUGAUAUGGAUGAAGAGAGGCUUGUGGCUACAGAGAGAGGAAGACAUUUGGCAGAACAGCUUGGCUUUGAGUUUUUUGAGGCUAGUGCUAAGGAUAACAUUAACGUGAAGAAGAUAUUUGAACACCUGGUGGAUAUCAUCUGUGAGAGAAUGUCAGAAAGUUUGGAGGGUGGCGAGCUUGCUGUCACAGGAGGCAAACAGGGGCCUGAGCUCAAUGACCAACCCCAGCACUCAUACAAGGACUGUGCCUGCUAAGGGUGCUCCUUCCCUUGCUGAAAGCUGAAUACAUUUCCUCUGUGUGACGAAGGGCUUUGGCAAGACUCUCCCUCAAUGAGAAGAGGGUGUAUGGCUGUACUCCUGUCUCCCCGCUUUCUCUCUCUUCACACUCUGUAUUUAGUCUUUUGGAUUUGGGAUUUUGCCUCAUGAAUUGACAAAGCUAGAAUUGGUAGUAGUCAUUGUAUGAGUCACUGCCCAACAUUUGUCACCACAGGUGCCAUCCUUCUUAUGGUGUUUUUUUUUUUUUUUUUUAAAUCCCAUCACCAACCCAACAGUUUCUCCUCAUGUUUUUUUAUUCAUCCUGAAAAUAAGCGAUAUAAACAGCAGUCAGAUUCUAGAAGCCAGCCUUUCCUUCACUCAUGGAACAGUAAUGUUUCUGAAGUUCGAAAGUAUCUUUAGAUUAGGUACACAGAUUUCCCCCCCAAAAAACCACUGGGUGUGGUACUGUGUUAUUAGUCUGCAUAGUGACAACACUUUAAUUCAUAAUUCUUUAAAAUAAUCAGGAAUGUUUUGGUUUGAGAGUCUUGCUUUGUGGUAGGUCUA